GGGAAACAUACACGUCUGGUGCUGCGGCUCAUCAUUUUGUGUGGCCAUUGUCGCGUUUCGCCGUCGUUGCUCUUUGCUGCAAGUGAAGCCAUCCCCAGCCAUUUCACUAUGCACAAUUCAACCCAUCAGAGUUUACCACGGUCAUCCCAGCCUUCUUUCUCUUUGUGCUUCCCGAUGAGCAACCCACACAGAGUCCACUUGUGGUUUCCUGGGUCCCGUCGAUGGACGACAACCCUGUCCUGUCUCGCCUUGUUCGGUUGCUUCCACCCUCAUCCCACCCAUGUCUGCGACCAGUCCGAAUCUAGCACCAACAGGCCUGCAGGCAAGCGAACAUGAAUGAUGUGGUUUGGUCUGAGGAUCUGGUCGGGGAUUCUGUUCAAGGCCUGGCUGAUCAAGGUCGGCGGCACAACUGUUCAAGGCCCAAAAGAAGUCCCAGGUCGGGUUUCCCUGCUUCACCCAGGCGCCCCGCAUACAGCCUGCCCACCUCACCACCAAUACGACCCCCGGUAACCAAGCUACCAACCCUCUGCUUUCUUGAAAACCCAGUGACGGUGCCGUCACGGCACCCCUCGUCGAGAUGAUGUCGUGCAAAAUCGCCAUUCUUGGCAUCACUGCUGUCACCGACUCGUAGCUGUAGCACACAAUGUCCUGUGUACGUCGUACCUAGUCGUACGGUCUGGGCUUUGCCCGUCACGCAGACCCUCACUCCCGUCUUGUAGUAUAUAUCUCCCAUCCAGUCUCUUUCAAAUCAAGAGUCUUCUUUUGCUCUUCAUUCGCAACAACAAGUUCAGAACAUCUCAAUCCUACUUCCCGCCUCAUCUCAUCAACAAGAGCCUCAGCUUUCGAGCUAAACCAGUCGCUUCUUUUCCCGAUCUCUCAUCAACGGCUCUUACGCUUCUUCUCUCCAAAAAACACCAACAAGCCAAAAUGCGUUCUUUCGCCAUCCUCUCCGCUGCCGGCCUCGCCGCCGCCCAGUUCACCUCCAUCGUCAUCACCGACGGCAUCACGGCCACCGUGACCCUUCCGGUCUUCCCUGAGCCCACCGCCACGGCCAUCGUGACCGAGACCGUCCCCUUGACCACCGUCACGGCUUCCCCCGAGCCUUCGGCCUCCACCACCGUGACCGUUCCGGAGGGCACCACCACCGUCUCCGAGGGCCUCACCACCGUCCCGGGAGGAGGCUUGACCACCACCACCCAGGUCGUCGUCAGCGACCCUCCUGUGACCGUGACGACUGCCAUCAUCGUCCCCACUGGAACCGACCCCGUCGAGACUCUGCCUACCAUCACGGACUCUGCCAUUCCUUCCAUUACCGCCGUCAUCCCUCCCAUCAUCAACACUACUCUCUCAACCCUCACCCAGACGUACUUCACCUCAUCUCCCAACGCCACCACCACCGGCCCCGUCACCGUGCCCACCGCUGCCGCCGACAAGGUCCAGAGCUCUGCUGCUGGCCUCAUUGCCUUUGGUAUUGCCAGCUUCUUCCUUCUGUAAAGGGAGUUUUCUGAGAUUCGGGACUCGGAAAGCAUGAUGGAAUAAUGGGUUUACGCUUGAAUGAUGAUAAGGGCGGUGCACAGACACACACACACACACACUUACUUGACACGGGAUUCAUGAGGAAGCAAAACAGCACUUGCUUUGGACAUGUAUUAUGACUCCUUUUAACGGCUUGGAGCAACGGCGUUGGAUAUUCUGCAUACGAUGAUGAAGCAUGGUCAUCAUAAGAUAGCAUUAAUACUGCUAAUUAAUUUUCCAAAUAAAUACUUUCACAUA